ACUCCUAUUGCACAGCAGUGUUACCCAGUCCAGGUUUUACUGCCAGCUUGAUCAGCCCCAGUGUGUCUAGCUAACAAGCUCAGUUCAGGGCGAUUUAUUUUCCUGUAGGAGUGAAUUGAGAAGGAGGCUUUGUACCGGCCACUCUCACACCAUUGGUCAGUCCCUGUGCCGUCCCAGCAUGCACUUCUCCACGGCAUGAAUACACUGCUUGUCCACACUGACGGAGCCCCCUGCCCCCCUCUAUUUCAGGGGCUGCUGCCUGUCUUUCAAACCCAGGGCAAGAUCUGGCUUUCAGGCAGAAGGACAGCGUGUGAUCGCAGGAGAGUUUGAAGCGAGGCUUGUUUGUGUUUAGUUUUCUAAGCCAGAAGAGACAGUAAGCCAUCGAGGGGUCUGAGCUGGACUUCAUGUGAGAGGAACCAGGACCAGGACCAGAACCAGGACUUUGCUUCAUCAGAUAUUUUUAAAACACAUUAAAAAAUUAUCUUGAUUUGUUAUUUUUAAUAAUGAGGGUUAGGAGCAGAGGGGCAGCAUGACAGAGGAGGAAUAACGAAGGAAGAAGAGCAGGAAAAGGAAGGUGGAAGAGAAGAAUUGAAGGAAGAAGAAAAAAGGAAAAACGGAAGGAAGGAAGAGAAAGCAAUGUUCUCUUAGAAGGAGUUAUUCAUUUAUUCAUUUAUUUAUUUCGUGGGGGUGACCCCUGAGCAUGUUCCUGUACUGGAAGAAGCGGGGUGCGUACGAGCUGGAGACGGAGUUGGGGGAGCUGGGGGGGUACACCCCUCUUGAGAAGUACUCCUGGGACUCCAGUCUGCACAUCAGUGAGGACCUGAGAGAUGAGCAGAGCCCCCCUGCUGCGGGAUUCCUGGCCUGUCAGCACCCGGACUGUGUGGGGGGCCGGAGGGCAGUCAGGGUGUGUCACCACCUGGACUGCCAGGCUCUGAACAGCCACACCCCCCUGAACCUGUGCGAGUCAUGUGACUCCCGCUGUCACCACGAGCAACCUGGAGACAGCAUGCACUACGACAGACACCCCCGCUUCCACCUGCAGCCACAGGGUUCGAUCCUGGCUCGAAACAUGUCGACGCGGUCCUGCCCCCCCCGCACCAGCCCCCCCUCUGACGUGGAGGAGGAGGACGAGGGGGAGGGGGGAGGCGACACUGCCAAGGGGGAUCAGAGAAGCGCAUCAUUGAAGCUGAACAAAAAAAAACCAAGACGAAGACACACUGAUGACCCCAGUAAGGAGUGCUUCACGCUGAAGUUCGACCUGAACGUGGACAUCGAGUCCGAGAUCGUCCCUGCCAUGAAGAAGAAGACACUCAGGGAGGUCCUGUGCCCUGUGUUUGAGAGGAAGGGGAUUGAGCUGGAGAAGGUGGAUCUGUUCCUCGACCAGUCCAACACGCCGCUGUCUCUCGGGUUCGAGGCGUACAGAUUCGGGGGGCACUACCUCAAGAUCAAAGGUAGUGACACCAGGACUGGAUCACACCACUCUGCAGUGGGAGUGUCAUACUCCCAUCCCUGUGACGUGCCUCCCCUCUCCCCUCUCCCCUCUUCAUCACUGCCUCCUACACUCCCAGAGUCUUCCCAGAUGGGAUUGCUGCCCUCACAGUCCCGGCUAUCAAUAUCUUUGGACAUCCGUCAACUUCUGAUCUCCAUGCUCAGGAAUGGCUUCUUCAAUCCUUUGGAUGACCUCACCAUGGAGCUUGCAUUUAUGCGUGCAGCAUGCAGUUUCUUUCCUGUCCCACUGGUGCGGUUUUGUGGGGAGCCGGGGGUCCAUCCUUUGGGGGGAGAUCCCGCGGGUAUCCAGCGGGUGCCGGCCCUCACUUCGGGGCUCAUGCCUGAUGGAGGUCGAUUCUAUGAACAGGACUUGUCUUGA